CGCGCAGUCCGCCCGCAGCCGCGGCCCCGCGCGCACCAUGCAGCGGCCGCGCCUCUCGCUUGCUAUGCGUGACAACUGGCGCCAUCUGCAGCGCCUCUACGGGCUCGAGCUCGACGACGAAUGCUCGCCCCCGCGACGCGCGCCCAGCCUAGACUCCCUCAUCAACUCCUCAGAGGGCGCAGCCUCCAGCGCCGACGCCUCCGCCCCCGAGGACUCCGACUCCGGCGCCGACACACGCGAACCCGAACCGCCCCGCCGCAACAACCCCGACCGCCACAAAAAAUGCCCCCAGAGCUACUCGUCGUCGUCUAGCGGACACAUGGAGACGAUACACGAGGAGACCAUGGAACCUAAAGUGUCUGUGAAAGAGAUCCUGGCCAGGUUCGAGAAUCUGACCGAAAAGACUGAUACGCCCCCCAUACAGAUUCAACCAAAACCGACGACAAAUGGUGUUGCAAAGGAAAGAAUACCCGAACGCGAAAGCAGAGAAUCGCGCGAAUCGCGAGAGACGCGCGACUCACGGGAAACGCGCGACUCACGAGAAAUACGCGAGAGCAGGGAAUCGCGCGAUUCCCGCGACGAGUCAGAAAUUAUCGAGAGGCGGCAAGCCUCAUCGCCGAUACCCCGCGAGAGAGACAGAGACCGGGAGAGGGAACGGGAUAGAGAUAGGGAAAGAGAGAUAAGAGAAGAGAGGAGAGACCAGUCGACACCACAGCAUGAUGGCAGACAUCCCUUGUUGCAGUUUGCCGUCGACCAUUUCCGACAGAGUCCAGAACUAGAAAUCCUGAAAGCCGACUCCUCGCUAAAAAGCAAAGCGAAGCGCAACGAGUGGACAUGGAAGGCACAGACCGACGUGGUCAAGUGGCAGGCGACGCCGCUGCGCGCGCCGUUACUACGCCUGCCGCCUGCGCUCGCGCCGCCCGCGCUGGAAUGUUUCACGUGCGUGCGAGCGUAUUGCGGAGACCUCACGCCGCCUGAGCGACCGAUGCACCAGGACUUGACUGAAGUGAAAUGCGUCUACACUGUGCUGAUGCAUUGCCACUCUGUUCCGGAGCUGCGCGACGAGGUGUACUGCCAGCUGAUGAAGCAGACCACCUCCAACCGCUCGGCCGCGCCCGACUCGUGCCAGCGUGCCUGGCGGCUCAUGUCCAUACUAGCGGCCUACUUCACGUGCUCGGACACGCUCAGGCCGUUCCUAGUGGAAUACCUAUCAGCGGCAGCCGCGGACAGGCGGCGGCCGUGCCAAGGCACAGCAGCCGUGUGUCUCGCCAACCUGCGCAAGACUUUACGCUGUGGUGGCAGGAAGAACGUGCCCAGCGUAGAGGAGGUGACAGCGGUAUCAGCGGGGCGGUCAGCGAGGCGUCAGUUAUACAGACUGCCGGGCGGCGCCGAGCGAGUCGUCAAUACGCGCUGCGCCACCGUCGUGCAGGACAUCGUCAACGAGCUGUGCGAGCUGAUCGGCGUAACCAGCGAAGCGGAGCGCGCUGAGUUCUCGCUAUACUGCAUAGUGGCCGGCGACGCGCUCACCAUGCCUCUAGCCGGCGACGAGUACGUGCUCGACGUCACCACCGAGUUACAGCGAGCACACCACCCCUUCUACCUCAUCUUCUGCCGCUCUGUGUGGCACCAUCCGCUACGGACUGACGCGCCACCGCUGUACACAGAAGUUCUGUUCAAUCAGGUGGCCCCAGACUACUUAGAAGGCUUACUACUAGUACUACCCAACGGCGGUGCGCCGCCCGCGCCCGCGCUACGAGACGCUGCCCUAGUAGCAGCACUCCUACACCGCGCCGCCGCGUUGCCCGACGCGCCUCACGCUCGUGACCUCAAGUUCCUGCUGCCGAAGCCGCUGCUAGCGCUGCGGGAGCCGAGAGCGCACGCCUGGCACAACUGGGUUGCGGCUGAGUGGCCGCACGCUCGUGCGCUUUCGCCGGCCGCUGCUAAAGCUAAAGUGCUACAGGUCCUGUCCCGCUGGGCGCUAUUCGGGUCGUCGUUCUUCGCGGUGCGUCGCGUGGGCGGCGCGGGCGCGGCGGACUGGCGCGAGCACGUGCUGGCGCUCAACCGGCGCGGCGUGCACCUGCUGCACACGCACACGCACGAGACCGACACGCACUGGCCCUACGCAGAGCUCAUCUCCACCAGGAAGGUGCGGUCGGAGGACGGCACGCUAUUCCUGGACGUGAAGUGCGGCUCGCUGCUGCAGCAGCGCGUGACGCGGCUACAGGCGGAGCAGGCGCACGAGAUCGCGCGCCUCGUGCGCCAGUACGUGGCGCUGCAGCGCGACCAGCGCCACGACAGCGCCGGGUUCAGCUCCUAAGGUGACGCAGUCUUAUCUCAUAAGAUGUGCAGUGUAUAUUUCUGGAUCAGCUGUUUGCAGAGCGUUCGUGUACCUCAUCCAUAUCAACAGAUUCCGUCCGAUCGUUGGUCUCAAGUCUCAAGCAAGCGCUACUCGACUACAAUAAAGAGCUUAUAUGACGCCAUGAUGCGAGACUGCCGCCCUUGUCUAAUCUGGGCCGAACGAAAGAGACAGUGGCUCUUAUGACUGUGUCGAGUAUAAACGGUAUAUUAUUGUAUUAGCAUGUAAACCAGAUUGAAAUGAGAAUAGGAUUUGCUAGGGCUCAAAUAAAUGCGUUCAUACAAUGCAUGCAAUACAAAUAAAUCUUCUAUUUUCAUUUUAGUCAUCAUUAUUGUUUACUUUAUUCUACAUUAUGAAGGAUUAUGUUAUUUCAUUUAAUAGUUUAGGUUUAGCGUCAUUCUAAACAUUCCAAAACUGUAACCAUCGAACAUGAUAUUAUUUUUAUCAAUAUUUUAGUAAUUAUAUUUGGCAUAAUAUUAUCAAGAUUCAAUGCAAUUGUUAAUCAUCUAGUACAUAUAUUUUUAUAUAACUUUUAUAAGAAUACUUUAAUAAUUCAUAAACCUGGAAUAUAUUAAUAGGUAUAAUCACCAUCAAAGUUGUAUGAAUCUCUGUUGUUUUGAACUGAAAUUAUUUCGAUAGAUGCAAGUUUACAUAAUAUUGUUGUAUACAAAACAUAUAGAACUUUAAAUUAAAACAAAAUCGAAUGAUAAAAUCUUACGAAUCUACUUUUAAUAUAUUUCUAUAUCGUUUACCUAACAUAAAAUCUGCAUUAAAACAAAUAGUCGCAAUAAUUCCCAAAUCCAAUACAACCGUUAGGUAACUUCAAUCAUUAAACAAGUUCUACUAAAGAUUAAUUGAUAAUGAACACGUUUGUAGGUACAGUACAUUAUUUUAGUGUUUAUUAUUGUAAUUAUGUAGAUGAGACGAUACAUUUUGUCGUGAAUGGAAUUCGUAUUAUGAUUAUUGAAUAGUAUUGUUAAUUUCCAUCGACAAAAUAUACAAGUCUUCGGUUACGACUUAAUAUAGUUUACUCCGUGCCUUAUCAAUGUGACUGUCUUCCUCGAGUUAAACAAAAGGUGCUAUUUAUAAUAAUUGAAGUCUAUUUCGUACUUAAGGGAAUUGUUUCGAUGCACGUUUAUUACCUUGUAUGAAAUUAUCUAAAGACCGGCAAGGUCGCAGUCAUGUUUAUUUUAAAGUUUGUCAUGUAAUAUAUUUAAAAAUAUUCGAUGUACGAGAAUUAUAUUGUAGAUACCAAUAAAAGUUUUAUUUUGAAA